CUAGAUCAAGAUCUAGAAGUCUAGAUCUAAGUAUAGAUCUAGAUCUAGUAAAGUCAACAGUGUGCCGGCUGUAGACUGUUGUAUAUAGACCCAGAGUUCCGAGUUCGAACCAAAGUCAACAUGUCCGGUGCUCGUAAUAUGAAAAAAAAUGUGAUAAAUAUUCCACUUGAGAAAAAAGUCAACUUAGUUCAUUGAAAUGGAAUCUAUAAGAAACAUGGCUGAGAUAGAACUUCCUAUGACAUCCGAUGUUAAGCUAGAACCUUUAGAAUCUGAGGAAACUGAAGAGGAGUGGAGUGAUGAUGAGGAACUGUCAUCCUGUAAAGUUACGUUUGCGUCAGUCGUUGAUCCAGAGAUUCCGGAGUCCUCAUCCUACAGCCAUUUAUCUAACAAACUAGGUGGAUACUCAUUCAGUUCUGAUGUGGAACAAAACAACAGUUUACAUGAAAAAAAAAGUGUAAUUGAUUAUAGUAAAUUAUUCAAGUUUGGUCUGCAUGCUGAUGAUAAGUCUAGUAUAUCACAAGGGGUUAGCCAUAAUACUAGCAUAGACAUAGCAAAAGAAGGCCCCUUCAAGUGUGAUUUCUGUGAUAAAGAAUUUACUCAUAGUGUCAGCCUCAAAGUGCACCUGCGCAAACAUGCAGCAGAGGACCCUUUUCUGUCUAAAACCAGCAGCGUUGCUCUCCCUUUAGAAUUUCCAACCAAUGAGAAGAAGGAGAUAGAGCCCAAGCUCAUCCUAGCUAGCAUCCCCGCCAGUAGCUCCAGCUUUGAGAUGACGGAGUACCGGAACAUGUGGAAGUUCCUGUUCCCCUGUGACAUCUGCAGCAUGAAGUUCACCAAGCACUACAAGCUGGUCUCCCACAGGAGGAUACACACGGGGGAGAAGCCCUACAUCUGCGGCAAGUGUGGCAAAGGCUUCAGGGAGAAUCAGUACCUUAAAAGGCAUUACCGCAAACACACGGGAGAGAAACCGUACGAGUGCAAGUUUUGCAGCAUGACAUUCACGCAUCGCUCCAACUUUCAAGUUCAUGAAAGAACCCACACUGGAGAAAAGCUGUACAAGUGUGACAUUUGUGGGAUGUCAUUCAGUCAGAGCUGUUCCCUGAAGCUGCACUUGAAGAGGCACACAGAUGAGAAAUCUUUUGCUUAGAAAGCACGGCUGCUGCUCUGUAAUUUACUUCCUGCCAGCACUAAAGGCUGAUUCAGUGUACAAGUCCAGGUUCUCAGAUGUAGUCAUGGUAUUCAGUGGAAACAGAAGCUUCAUAUACCUUGCUAUCAAAACCACGGAAAACAUGUUUAAGUGUGUGACUUGGUGACAAUUUGUAAGGAGUAAGGGAUGGUUCAAACCUCUGACAAUUUGUGAUGAGAGUAAGAGAUGGUUGAAACCUCUGACAAUUUGUGAUGAGAGUAAGAGAUGGUUGAAACCUCUGACAAUUUGUGAUGAGAGUAAGGGAUGGUUCAAAUGUCUGACGAUUUGUGAUAGGAGUUUUGUAAGGCUCAAACGUUUAUGAUGGGAGGUAUGGAAGACGUAAAAAUCAUCAAAAAGGACAUCUUGUCGAACCAGCUUAUGCUAUUAUUGCUCAUUGUACCUUCUAUUACCCGCUCUAGUCACAAGUCACAAGAAUCCAGACCCCCUCUGUCAUAGCGUAGAUAUAAAGAAUUAGACGACUAGUAGAGGUUGCAAAGGACGGUGCGAACUUGACUGUAGACGAUUUGGUGCGAGAGUAUUGUGCGCAUGUUGAAUACAAUAUUUGUGGCGCGAAUGUGACGUGAGCAUGACGCGACAAUGUACCAAGGACGUAGACCGCGACAGUAACGUUAGUUGGGGGUUAGUAAUUGUAGGAGACGGAUGUAUUCUUUGAUAUUGUGCAAAUAAGUGUGUGUUAAUAAAGUUAGUGUUCUUUUCAUAAACGAAGUGGUUGACUUUUGUUAAUUAGUGUCUGCGGAACAUAAGAGUGAUUCCCGUCCUACUCACAAGUAUAAUAGUUGUCGUAUGAAUAGUAACAGAUCAGAAUAUAGAAAAGAUAUAGAGAAGAUAUAAUUAUAUAAUAUAUAUGAAACCCCCCAUCACACCCUCCUCUAUUAAAAUGAUGUCUCCAAGCUAUUGUCUUCCCCCUCUAAAACCAUAAUUUGGUACAAGAUGAAAGUGUGUUUUAUUAUUUAUUUAUUUUUUAUAUACAAAAUAAUUCUUCCUCACACUUCUCCACAUGUUCUCAAGUAUCAUCACUAAGUCCAAACUGUUCCUGGAUACACAUUUAU